AUGGUGCUACGAACAACAUUGCGGCCCAGGGUCCUGCGCCUGGUUCCAUUUCGCCCGACCCGAUUUGUAUCUUCUGCGCCAGUUAUUCGCAUCGAAAAUGGAACUUUUUACAAGCGCUACCCCACCGACGUCGAAGACUCACCCAAUCCUCCUUUGUUCCCCAACUUGAACUUUACACUGCCCUCCGAACGCACAUCCAAAGAAGAGGGAGCAAAUUUACAGCACUGGGCGAUAAUCGGUCCCUCUGAAAAAACCGACCUCCUGCACAUCCUCCGUGGCCGGGACGUCUGCCUUCCGGCCAAUGCGCGCUCAUAUCCAUACCUUCUCUUAGACAAGGUCGCCGCGAAAGACCCACGUCUACGAUCCGUAUCGAAUGCGAUUCGAUAUAUUGGCUUCAGCGGAGAGGGAUCAGAGGCUAUUGGCGGCACCCGUGGCGCAUACCUGAGUGCGCGCUAUGAGAGCCACCGGGAGGAGACCGACUGGACUGUUGAGCAGUACUUGCGGGGGCAGACCUCCUUGAAUCCCAUGGAGGGUGAGAAUGCUGGCCUGGUACCCCAUGAGCAGUUCUUCAAGCAGAUCAUGACCCAUCUACAUCUCCAGAAAUUGCUGGAUAUGCCAGUCGCGAAUUUAAGCAACGGCCAAACCCGUCGAGCACGAAUUGCCAAAGCUUUGUUGAGAAGGCCGGAGGUAUUACUUCUUGAUGAGCCAUUCAUGGGGUUGGAUCCUGCGACGACUAGGAGCAUUUCGGGUCUGCUCCACAACCUUGCGGAAAGACAAUCACCGCGGCUCAUCUUGGCUCUGCGCCCACAGGACAAGGUCCCCCAAUGGAUCACGCAUACGAUGAUCCUGGGAAACAAUCACCAAGCCCUUUUACAAGGUCCAAAGUCGGAGGUAGAUGAGACCAUUAAAGUUUGGAGUCACUUCUCUGAUCCAUUUGCACCAUUAACCUUUACAUACGACCAAAAUGUUGCGUUUCAGAAAAUGAAAACAGACAUGGAAGCCGGUUUCUUGGAUGCAGAUUUACUCCAAAGCUUGACAAACGGAGUAAACACUACCUUCCCACGGGAAUCAGCAACGUAUCUCGGUGGCGAACCCAUUAUAGAGAUGGAGGGCGUCCGUGUUCAGUAUGGUGAAAAAGCAGUACUCGGAAAUUGGACGCAGGAAGUGAACAAUAAAACAGUUGACGGUUUGCACUGGCGGGUUCGUCGGGGACAACGCUGGGCCAUUAUCGGUGCCAACGGAUCCGGCAAGACAACUCUAGUCUCAAUGAUUACUUCCGACCAUCCACAAACUUAUGCGCAGCCUGUCAAAAUAUUUGGACGAUCUAGGCUUCCGGAGCCUGGCAAACCUGGAAUUUCAAUUUUCGAACUGCAGUCCCGCAUCGGUCACUCAUCACCAGAAAUCCAUGCCUUUUUCCCUCGGCAAUUGACAGUCCGCCAAGCGGUCGAAUCGGCUUUCGCUGAGACCUUCCUCUCGAAACCGAAGUUGAACUCCGAACUUGACCUAGAUGUCAAUGCAGUCCUGAAACAUUUCCAACCUGAGCUUGACCCGGCCGCUGCGAAGAGUGAGAUUCCAGAAGUUAGCACCGAGAUGUUCCCAAAAAUUCCAAAACCUUCUCAAGCCGGUUCCAAGAGAGGAUAUGUCCCGCCUGAACACCAUUGCGACUACGCAGACGAUAUCCGGUUCGGCGAACUCACAACCGCGCAACAGCGCAUCGUACUCUUCAUCCGGGCCCUCGUCCACAGGCCCGACAUUGUCAUUCUCGACGAGGCCUUUUCCGGACUGUCUGCUACGCAACGUGAUAAGUGCAUAGAUUUCAUCGACUGCGGCGAGAGGCCCCGCGCGGCACGUCUAGCAGUCCAACGUAACGCAAAGCCAACCUACCGUUUCAACGGUCUCACGCGAGAGCAGUCAUUGCUCGUGAUCAGCCAUGUGCCCGAAGAGAUCCCAGACAGCGUUCGUUACUUCUUGCGGCUGCCAUCUGAUCCCGGUGUUAAUCAAGCGCCCCUUGAUUUCCGCUUCGGCAUGCUCAGUACCAACAGUUUGCUAAGGAAGCCAUCGGUUUGGGAUAUUGUUUGGUCUGGUGGCAAGGCGUUCAAGGAUGCGACUCGUCGAACUUCCCGUCGCAACAGUGAGGACGUGGGGGCACAAGAUUUGAUUGACUUUGAAUACUAUACGGUUUAG